UUUAUCUUAGGGCUCGGCACGCAGGGAACUUCACGGAAAGUCCGCGGAAGGCGGAACUACUAGAACUGCGGUGACUCCACCCGCAAGCAACCUCGGUAAUCAGCCGCCUGAUUCCAUUAAAACCGGCCGCUGCACGUCGAAACACGGCGAUUGUAGUCGAACAAGGUAUGAACGUUACUAGAUACGAAGUGAGCCGGAAGCUGGGCUUCAGCACCGUAAAUGGACUCAAAGAACCAGGCGAAAGAAAAAGUGGAAACGACAGCGAGUCAUAAUGCCGAGCCAGCGGGAAUGUGUCCGAUGGUGGUAUCUCGGGAGCGCUGGGGAGCUACGGCACCGCUCAGCCGGCACAGACUGACGGAUGCCGCUAAGAAGGCCGUCAUCCAUCACACUGCUCUCUGGCCCUGUGCCGGACCCCGGCAAUGUUUCCUUCAGCUCCAGCACAUCCAGAAGCUGCACAUGGUUCACAGGAGCUGGGAUGACAUUGGAUAUAACUUUCUAGUUGGCGAGGACGGUUCAGUGUUUGAAGGCCGUGGCUGGGGCGUCGUCGGAGCUCAUACCAAGGGCAACAAUCAUGAUUCUAUAGGCAUUGCUUUCAUCGGCGACUUCAACAAUCAAGUACCCACUUCAGCUGCCCUGUCUGCUGCUAGACAGCUUCUGCAAUGUGGAGUAGAUCUUGGUCAUCUUCAUCCGAAAUAUACCUUAUUAGGGCACAGAGACCUGGCAGACACUGAAUGCCCUGGCAAACUGUUAUAUACGCAACUUCAAUUCUUAAAUCAAAACAAAUUUUAAGGACUGAUGUAGGCUUCAUUUUUUCAUUUUUUACAUGAUGAAAAUGAUAGUAAAUGUAAGAACAUAUGUUGUAUCUGUGCACUAGAUGGCGUGGUGUCACUCGUAACUUAAUUUGCGACACUUUUAGAUCAUGGGAUGUACACACAUUUGGGACAUAUUCAUUGCAGCACUUACGUAAGUCCCUCUGGCUAAGGGCUUCUGUCAAAUGCCGUAAAUGUGCAUUUUGACAUUUCCGGAGAUUUGCGCAAUUUAUAUGUUUGGUUUAGUCCUCAGUAAUGUGGAUGGUCGUGCAGAUUUUUGUUUUGAUUUGCAGACUUAUAUUAAACAUCUGGAAAUCAC